AUUCAUUUCAUACGCUCCUCCAUCGUGAAAACCCUUGUGCCCCAAAUCCAAAAUUCCACAGUGAAUCGGGUCGAUGGCCUCGUUCGAUGAAGCUCCUCCCGGCGAUGUCAAAUCCGGCGACAAGAUCUUCAGGACUAAGUGCGCUCAGUGCCACACCGUCGACAAAGGCGCCGGCCACAAACAAGGUCCCAACUUGAAUGGUCUUUUCGGAAGACAAUCUGGUACUACCCCGGGUUAUUCGUACUCGGCUGCCAACAAGAGCAUGGCUGUCAACUGGGGAGAGAAUACACUUUACGACUACUUGCUUAACCCUAAGAAGUAUAUUCCUGGAACCAAGAUGGUCUUCCCUGGAUUGAAGAAACCUAAGGAGCGUGCAGAUCUAAUUGCGUAUCUGAAGGAGGCUACUGCUUGAAGAUAUAUUUUUACGAAGAGGGUAAUUAAAAUUUUCUGGUAGUUGGAGAUAUAUUUUGUCAUUGUUACCAACCUCGAAUUUUUUUUUCUCAAAUGGAAGUAGUUAAAUGAUACUGCCGGUAAAUAAGAGCACUGUAUUUCUAUGCUGUGCUAUUUUGUCUCUUUGAACAAUGCCAGAUGUAGAGUUCUUGCCUUUUUGAUGGCUCGGAUUAUUUCGCCCCACUUAUUGGGCACUUAUCAGUGACGGUAUAAACAAAAUUGUUUUCCCUCGA